UUUAGUAUAUUUUUAGAAUGAAGGUGGUUUCAAGUUUGUAUAUUUCAUAUUUUAUCUGUGGAGCUACUUGUCGAUAAUGUUCUGUUUUUGCUAUUUUGGGAACCGUCUAACAACAACGUCCAUGGAUGUUCACUAUUCCAUUUACGAAAACGAUUGGAUAACCGCCAGCAAAUCUUUUAAGACUUCAAUGUUGAUUAUAAUGCUAAGAUUGGAAAAACCCUUGUACUUAACGAUUGCAGGAGUAUCCCGGGUUACCCUCAAUACUUUCGUGCAGAUUGUUAAAUAUGGUUACUCCUUCUUGGCAGUAAUAAGAAAGUCAAAAUUUUAACAAUUUUAAGAAGCUUUAAAAUAGUGUAUCAAAUAAUGUAUUACCAAU